CGCACAAAAAUCCCCAAUUCCAAAUUCCAAACCCUCUCCGCUCUCGUCGGCUCGUCGCCAUGGUCGCCGCCGGUGAGGCGACCCCUCCCCCUGACCCCCCGCCCUCCCGCGUGUCCGUCUCCUCGCCCUCGCCCUACUCACGCCGUCGCUGCGCCCUCGCGAGCCGCUUCCGCGAGCCGGCGGCCCCGCGGCGGCACGCGUGGGUCUCCCUCCAGGGCCGCCUCGUCGGCGCCGAGGAGGCGUCCUCCGCGGCCGCGGCCGCGCCGAGCCUCCCUCCGGAUGAGGCGGUGGCGUGGGAGCUCUUCAGCCCGCUCCACCGCGUGCUCCUCGUCGCCACCGUCGCCGCGGCAUCCUCCCGCUCCAACGCCGCCCGCCGCAUCGAGCAGCUCCAGCGAUCGAUUCACCUUAGGGAUGAGGUGUUGCAAAGCAUGCAGCAGAAGCUGGAUGAUCUGUUCGACGAGAUGAACUCCCUGCAACAGCAGUACGUCAAGUGCGAUAGUUACAUUUCCACCGAAAGGGAAAGGAAUGAGGUUGCAGGCAGCAAGAAGAUAGGAGAUGAAGAGGGAUCUAGAUGCUGUUUGCGCGUGAAGCCGGAGGCUGCUGAGACUCAUCAGAAGGCAAAGGAUCUCUCUGGAACGGAUGAUGCUAGGAGUGAUGUAGUUGAUAGGUCUACUGUAUGUCUCGUGGAACACGAAGAGCGCCGGAUGUCAGACCUCUCAGAAUUUUGUUGGAGUGUUGUAUCGUCAGUGGAUAACCAGAUAUAUGGGGACAAUCAGCUAAGUUCCCUGGCAGCAGAUCAACAAUUAUAUAAUCUUCAGAAGGAAUGUGAAGAGAAGGAUGCUGCCAUAAAGGAACUGGCUGCAGCUGCACAUGCAUCUAGUACUGCUGAUGCCAAGAGAAUUGCAGAGUUGCAAGAAAUUCUUAAAAGGAAAAACAUGGUGAUCUCUAAAUUGAAGAAAGACAUGGCAGCUCUGAAGCAGAUGGUUGUUGAAUUAUCAAGGGCUAAAAGAGCAUCUUCUGUCAAUUUAAGUCAAAUCUCCACUGAUCUGCUGGUGAUGUCAAACAAUGUUCUGUACGAUAUGAGCAGCACUAGCUCAUCAUCAUCAGAUUCUGAGUCUCCAGUUGCACCAAGAGAUUACCUUGAUGAACAUCUUCUUGUUGUUGGCACUCCAGGCGAUUGUGAAUCCGAAGGAAGUUGUAGAGUAUCUGUAACAAAAACAUCUCUUCCAUCAAAAAAUUUAUCAGCUUGCAAGCUGCGCUCAACUAGCCCAUUAAAAGAGAUCCGUAUAAAUCCGAAAGUUGAAACAAAUUCAGUUGGUAGACAGAAGCAUCAUACAUCCUCUAAUGGAGAUUUUAAAAGGAUUAGACGGCAACCUCAGCAAGACUCAAGGAUUAAAGCUACAAGGAGAUGGGUGUAGAGUUUAGCCAGCAAGAAGUUAUUUCCUGAUAGAGCUGGAAACGACGAAGCUGGUGGCUUAUGCCCAUAUUGAUAGAUGAACCAUCCAAAUGAUGCUUCCUGUCUCUUUCUGGUAAAACAAAAUUGAUGCAAGCUGUGCUAGUUACAUACUUUAGUUAUGUCUGUCAUGAGGUCGACCAUUUCGUUCUACUUAGCUUCAUCAUUGGUAUCUUCUCCGAUGUAUAGUAUGUCAUUUGGAUCUUAACAGUCAGCGUCUCUCCUCUCUUGAAUCUAUC